AUGGCGAAAGUGGUGAACUGGCAGCAGGUGGCAAUCAUGUCAGCAGCCUUGAUCGCCACCGUUAUAAUCACUAGCCAAUGCUACACGGCUUCUUGGAAUGUCAGUCCGAGCGGACCAUCUGGCGACUGCAUUGUCACUGCCAGUGACCAGCAAGACUCCAAAAAACCCUCGAGAUUCCACAUUCAAGACUACGGCCUCCAAGGGCCCAUCCCCUGGACGUACAUCCGACCGUCCGUCCGCGAUGAGUUCACUGUCAACGGCUCGAUCCGGACCGUUGAAAAUUUCCACGGUAUGGAGAAUCGGGACUCGGGAGUGAAGCCUAUUGUCUGGCCGACCCGGGAUAUCGACCUAAGACGGCAACGGGCGGAGUCGCGAUCUCCUGAGGUUUCCGCUUACGGCGCAAAUACUACCCUUAGUUUCUACGAGGCAUUUGAUAAGUACCCAGUGAAAGGGAAAUCGGUGCUGGUGGUAGGAAGUCAAGUCCCUUGGCUUGAGGCGAUUCUCUUGGCGUAUAAAGCUGGGUCGAUCACGACCGUUGAUUUCAACAAACCGGUUGCAGAUUAUCCCGAAUUGAGGCUGUGGAGUAUUCCCGAGCUGGACGCUUCAGAUGAGACGUUUGACGUGGUAGCUUCGUAUUCGUCGCUGGAGCACGAUGGGCUGGGGAGAUAUGGCGAUCCGCUGAACCCGGAUGGGGAUCGGCUCAGAAUGAAGAAGAUAAGGGGCCUCCUGAAGCCAGGGGGGCUCUUUUUCCUGGGGCUCCCAGUGGGCAACGACACGCUGGUGUUCAAUGCGCAUCGCGUGUACGGUCCCAUCCGCAUGCCGCUGUUGCUCGAGGGUUGGAAGCUGCUGGACGUGUUUGGCGUGUCCAGUCUCGAAGCAGCUUAUAGGGAGAACCUGAGAGCAGCGCUCUUACAGCCGAUCAUGGUGCUGAGGUAG